AACAACAAUGGGGAAGAUUUAUUUGACAUUUGACUUGCGUUAUCGCAUUCAUCCACAGAAUAUUUUCCUACAGUGGGUUAUUUCAUGAUUUAACCUGUAGCUCUUUAUCGUCUGUAGCGCCUCUGGCGACUAUGAAAGUCGGUUACUAUGGUCGUCGUUCUCGGUUAGGUUUUUAAGUGUGUGGGCUUUCUUGUGUCACACAAUCAAGCACACUUUAAAUAAACAACUUUUAAUAAAUUAACAAUAAGUAGAGAGUAAGCGGGGUGUGCGCGCGCGAAAGUGCAAAAGGAGACUCCCUGUUGAGAGGGGACGCUGAGCGUCUCUUCUUGGGCGUUGUCCCUUCGAGAGAGAUGUCUGCUAUGUUGUCUCUCUCACCACGGCCUAUUGGUAUGCCUGGCAUCCAGCAGGGUUGCCAACGUCAGCCAACCUUUUGGGGCGAAUUCGUGUUGUCCAGAUUCGCCACAGGGCUCCCCCCCAGCGAAGUAGCUAUCGGUUGUGAGCGAUUCUUUGGCUUGAGUAUCUCAGAGUCGGUUGGCGUAAGAAUGCUCGAGUGCCCAGGGCAUGCAGCUGACUAUCUCUGACUGACAGUUCGGUCGUGUUUGUGUAGACAAGAUACAGGAAAAUUGAUAUGGCAUAUACUUGCGCUUUCUAGUUUGUUGGGCUAGUUAUCUUUUCUAAUGUUAUUUAAAUUUUUAAUCUAGUUAUUAUCAAAUUUACUGCAUGUUCAAAUUUAUUUUAAAUAAUUGUUUAAAAAAUUUACCGAUCAUUCCGUUGGAUUGGAACUGAUAUGAAUAUUUUUAUUCUUGUCGAAUAUGCACAGUUGCAACAGGAUAGACAAAGAUAGCCUAUUAGCUGUAAGUUAGUUGUUUUUAAAACGAAAAUUAAACGAUCACUGUCUGUGAUCAAGGUUACAUUCUGUGAUGUAAUAGUGAUGUAUAAUAAAUAGUAAAAAUGUAAUGUGUGACUUUAAACUGUGAAGUUUAGAAGAAGCAGAUCACAGUGGUUAUUUCACGGUCAUCUGUUUGUUACGUUCAGGUCUUUAAUCAUCUUCAACGAUUAGCAAUACCUUCCUAUAGGCAAAAUGCCGUCACUAAUUUUGGUAGUUCUCCAUGUGGCAAUUUACCUGCUACUAUAUUGCGGUCUCUGCAUUAGUUAUCGGCCCAAUGUUCUUCUAAUAAUUCUGGAUGAUUUUAAGCCCGCUUUAGGGAGUUAUGGAGAUUCCGAAGCUUAUACCCCCUACAUGGACAAACUUGCUUCUGAGAGCUUUGUAUUUACUCAGGCGUAUGCACAACAAGCUCUGUGUGCACCAAGUCGCAACUCAUUUCUGACCAGCCGCAGGCCUGAUACCCUGCAUUUUUACGACUUUUACAGUUAUUGGAGGCAAUUUGCCGGAAAUUUCACAACUUUACCUCAAUACUUCAAAGAGCAUGGUUACCACUCUCAUUCAGUGGGGAAAGUUUUCCAUCCAGGAAUUUCGUCGAAUUUUUCUGACGAUCAGCCCUAUAGCUGGAGUCAAACGCCAUUUCAUCCGAAAUCGGAAGCAUUCAAAAAUGCUAAAGUUUGUUUGAAUCCAGACGGGAGCCUUGGAAUGAACCUGAUUUGUCCCGUACAAACCGAGUUUCAACCCUUGGGGACUUUACCUGACAUAGAAUCAAUGAAAGAAGCAAUGCGCUUCAUUCAACAGCAGAGAACCAAUGAAGAUAAACUGCCGUAUUUUCUGGCGGUAGGGUUCCAUAAGCCCCACAUUCCUUUGAAGUUUCCAGAUUCAUUUUUAGCUUACCAUCCACUGGACAAUAUUUCCCUACCAAUAAACAGAUUCAGACCAUCGCUACUACCGUCCGUGGCGUGGAAUCCAUGGACUGACAUCAGAAAAAGGGACGACAUCCGAAAAUUAAACGCCUCUUUCCCUUACGGGCCAUUAAACGACGACAUACUGAGGCUAAUAAUCCAGGCCUAUUAUUCCUCGGUCAGCUACGUGGAUGACCUCAUAGGCAAAGUGCUUCGGGAAAUCAACUUUAAGAAUACGAUUGUUGUUCUAACUGGAGAUCAUGGCUGGUCUCUAGGGCAACAUGGCGAGUUUUCAAAGUAUAGUAACUUUGAACAAGUUACGCAAGUCCCGUUGAUCAUACACGUACCCCACCUGUCUAGCCACCAAGUAGCUGUUAAAUCGUUGGUGGAAUUAGUGGACAUAUUUCCCACUUUGGUGGACUUGACCCAGGUUGGAUCUGCUUUACAACGAUGUCCUGAAACGAAGCAACUUACAACUUGCACCGAAGGUGAAAGCUUGGUGCCAGUAAUGAUCGAAGCUCUAGAAAAGCAGAAAGUUAGAGGUAAAUCUUGUGUUUUCACCCAAUAUCCAAGACCGGGUGUGUUUCCCACGUGGCACCCUAAUAGUGACAAACCCCGAUUAAACGAAAUAAAAGCAAUGGGGUAUUCUAUCAAAACAAAGCGGUACAGAUACUGUGAAUGGAUGGAAUUCAACUCCGCCAAUUUUACUGCAAAUUGGAGUAAGGUUUAUGCAACAGAAUUAUAUGAUCAUCUGAUAGACCCCGAAGAAAACAUGAACUUAGGCGAUAAAACCGACCUUGAGUUCAUCAUAAAAAGGCUUUCACGCAAGUUAAAACGAGGUUGGAGACACGCUUAACCGCAAUGUAAAUAAUGUAAUAGAAACUAAUAAUUCAAAGUUUGAAGUAAAAAAAGACCAGCAUUUGAUUAC